CCCGGGGGUGCCCGGGCUGCAUCCCCGCCUCCCGCGCGUGCCGCCGCUCUGCUGAUUUAACUUGUAAAUGAGGCGCCGGGCGCCCUCCCCGCCGGGACCGGGAGCGGGAGCCGCACGGCGCGGAGCCCAUGGCCGGGGCCGCGGCGCAGCGCAGGGCGCCCGGGGCGCUGCUGUGCGCCCUGCUCUGCGCGGCGGCGGCGGGUGUGCAGCCCGCGGGCACCCCCGAGACCGGCGCCUUCGGCCGCGUCUACCGGGGCGCCGUCAGCAUCAGCGCGGAGCGGGUCUAUGCCUUCGCCUACCGGAGCCAGCCCGGGCAGGUAGAUGCAGUGCGGGUGUAUGUGAACAGCAGUUCCGAGAACCUCCAAUAUCCUGUCCUGUUCGUAGUUCGCCAGCAGAAGGGAGUGCUGUCAUGGCAGGUCCCACUAAUUUUUCGAGGCCUCUACCAGAGGACCUACAAUUACCAAGAAGUGAGUCGGACCCUCUGUCCUUCUGAGCCAACACCUGAGGCAGGACCUUCCGACCAGAUUAUAUUUGUGGACGUGGCUUCCAUGGCACCAUUUAAUAUUGCGUAUGAGCUGCUAGUCACCAGGCUGGAGAACUUCCAACUUGAGACCAACAAAGCCUUUAACUUCACUGCCAGCCCUUCCCAGCCCCAGUAUUUUCUGUACAAGUUUCCUCAGGAUGUCGAUUCAGUCAUUAUUAAAGUGGUGUCUGAUGCAGCCUACCCAUGCUCAGUUGUCUCCGUCCAGGAUAUUGUGUGCCCUGUGUAUGAUCUGGACCAUAAUGUGGAGUUCAACGGUGUUUACCAGUCUAUGACAAAGCAAGCAGCUAUAACGGUGCAGAGAAAGGACUUCCCGGGUGAGCAGUUCUUUGUUGUGUUUGUCAUCAAGCCGGAGGAUUAUGCCUGUGGGGGUACUGUGCCUUCCUCCAUCCAUGGGAAUGUUAACCGUACCUGGAACCUGCAGCGAACAAAGAACCUUCAAGUGAUGAUUGAACCCUCUAUUAAAAAGUCUGUUUAUGUCCAGGCCAUGUUCUUCAGCUUCCUGAGUUUCCUCUCCUUUUACCUGGGCUCAGUGGUGGUUGCUUUUGUGCACUACAUCAGGGUUCGGAGGAAGGCUUCAGCUGGGAGAUUGAGUCCUGAUGAUGGAUCUGGGAUUAUGACAUCUUCACAUCCUAUCACAGCCAGCACCCCUGAGGGAAGCAGCUAUGGUGCUAUUGAUGAAUCAAGCUCCAUUGGUGGACGGCAGUUGUCUUCUCCUGAGCGUGGGCUGCCGCCUGGUUCUGACACAGACAGCUCUGUGGAGGAGGACAGUGACUUUGACACCAUGCCAGAAAUUGAAAGUGAUAAGAAUGUUAUCCGCACCAAGGUGUUCCUCUAUCUAUCAGACUUGUCCAGGAAGGACCGACGGAUUGUCAGCAAAAAAUACAAAAUCUAUUUCUGGAACAUCAUCACCAUUGCAGUGUUCUACGCCCUGCCAGUCAUCCAGCUUGUCAUCACUUACCAGACGGUAGUGAAUGUGACGGGCAAUCAGGACAUUUGCUACUACAACUUUCUGUGUGCCCAUCCCCUUGGUGUGCUGAGUGCCUUCAACAACGUCCUCAGCAAUGUGGGCCACCUGCUGCUGGGCUUUCUCUUCCUCCUCAUAGUGUUACGCAGGAACAUUCUCCACCGUCGGGCCAUGGAGAGGAAAGAUGUCUAUACCCUGGACUAUGGGAUCCCAAAGCAUUUUGGUCUCUUUUAUGCUAUGGGCAUCGCUCUGAUGAUGGAAGGUGUGCUCAGUGCCUGUUACCAUGUCUGCCCUAAUUACUCAAAUUUCCAGUUUGACACCUCCUUCAUGUACAUGAUCGCAGGACUGUGCAUGCUCAAGCUCUACCAGACCCGCCAUCCAGACAUCAAUGCCAGUGCCUACUCUGCCUAUGCCUCGUUUGCUGUAGUCAUCUGUCUGGCUGUCCUUGGAGUGGUGUUUGGGAAAAAUGAUAUGUGGUUUUGGGUUAUUUUCUCAAUGAUCCACGUUUUGGCUUCGCUGGCUCUCAGCACCCAGAUCUACUACAUGGGACGCUUCAAGAUAGAUGGCCCUGACUCAGACUUGGGGAUAUUUCGACGGGCAGCGAUGGUGCUGUACACGGACUGUAUCCAGCAGUGCAGUCGACCAUUGUACAUGGACAGGAUGGUGCUGCUCAUUGUUGGAAACCUGGUCAACUGGUCCUUUGCUAUCUUUGGGCUGGUGUAUCGGCCCAGAGACUUCGCCUCCUACAUACUGGGCAUCUUUAUCUGUAACUUGUUGCUAUAUCUGGCUUUCUACAUCAUCAUGAAGCUCCGCAGUGCUGAGAAGCUCCUGCCCAUUCCCCUGUUCUGCAUCAUGGCAACAGCAGUGGUGUGGGCAGCUGCCCUCUACUUCUUCUUCCAAAACCUCAGCAGCUGGGAGGAGACUCCUGCAGAAUCCCGGGAAAAGAACCGGCCAUGCAUCCUGCUGGGCUUCUUUGAUGACCAUGACGUCUGGCAUUUCCUCUCCGCAGCUGCCUUGUUCUUCUCCUUCCUGGUCCUGCUGACCCUGGAUGAUGACUUGGACAUGGUGCGCAGGGACAAGAUCCCAGUGUUCUGAGUCCCCAAGGGACGGGGGCAUCCCCAGUUGCUCAGCCAAAGGCACCAGGACACCAACAUCUGUGGGGAAUGAGCCUGUUCCCAUGGCUGACAACCCCGUGGGAGCAGGGGAGCUGGAUCCUACAGCAAACACGAUGGGGUCCUAUGGUAUCUGAGGAAGGACCGGGAGGGAAGACCACCCUUGCUGCUUUCCCACUGCACCCUCUGGGGCAGGCAUGACCUGGAGGCUGAAGCCAUUGAAGAGGAAGGAAACAGGAGGUGUGGUUAAGACCUUUGCUUCCCUUCCUCUCUGCUGAUGUGCUCCGCUUCCUCUCUGGUGAGCAGCUUGAGAAAAGCAGUGCAGCUCCUCCUGCAGCAGAGGAGCAGACCGUCGGCAGACAGUGCCUGUACCCCUCAAAGAGGCCCUUCAGCAGCACUGGGAGAGCAUUUGGUUCCUCACCCACAGCCGCCGAGUGAGCAAAGGACUCCAAGCUGAAGUGGUGCUGGGGCACUGUUUUCUUUUUUUAUUGGAGAGGCUCCUCCCGUAGGUGGUGGUGAGCCAUGGUAACAAAAGAAACAAGGGCAAGGGACUGCAGUGUUGGAUGGAGAUGUGGAGCAGAGCUGCCCACGAGCGCUCUGCCAGAGACAGAACCUCCCACCUUGCUCUUGCAGCCUCUCACACAUACUGAACAGCCUCACUUCUCUCUGGUGGCUUCUAUGAGAGUGAUGGUCAGCAUGACGGUCUCCUUCGCAGCACAUGAAGUGCUGUCCUCAAGUGACACUAAGAGAGAUGGUGUGGUGAAGCUGCGGCCUUGUGUUUCAGGCAGGUCCUUGGCUCCUGCUGCCUUGCUGAAGAGGUGAGGUGGAAUGGGGAGGCUGUCCAGCAGCCUUGGACUUCUCCUCCCACAGACUUGGCGAAGCAGGCACCCUUAUGGGCUAGGGGUGUGGAGGAGGUUUUAGGGCAGUUGGAGUCUCUUUAACUAAAGAGCGGGACCAAACUUCUUUCCUCUCCAACAUUUCUGCAUCUGAAAUAAGUUUUUUAAAUGGCUUCUGCAUUCUUCCUGAAUUCUCAGUUAUUUAAAAAACAAGAAUAAGGUGUGAAUUAUUUCAGGCCUUGCGUCUCAAAUGUGAAAUGUGACCUGUUUUGCUAAUUUUGAAUUAAAAAGUAUUCUUUGAAGCCUGCUGUCCUUACUGUUUUCAUUGUCUGAGCACUUUUCCUUUGAUGUAUGUACAUGUACCCUAUGAUGCAAAGGUUUCAUUCUACUUGUGCUUACCAGAGCAGAAGACUCUGGUGAUUUUCUACUCCGAGGAGUCUGUAUUUCCUAGAAGGGUUUUGCAUUAGCUGGGUUUUAUUAUUUUUCUAAAAGUUGGACAUUGUCACAGUGGUCAAUAAAAUCAAUGUUCUUGGCUCCCUGCUCUGCAGGCUGAUCUGAAUUCUUCUUGCUCCAGCUCGCAGCAAAGAGGAG